AUGUCAGUGAUAGCCGUGGAAAAGCUGAUAGCAAAAUUGAAAAAAGGAAUUAGCGGAAGCAAUUCAAAUUCUAUCAAGGAAUUUGUGACGAAUGAGGCCCUUGGCCCUAAUAUGAAUAGGCCAAAGCAGUCCAAAACUGUGCUCAUUAUGGAUGAAGUUGAUGGGAUGUCAGCUGGUGAUAGGGGUGGUGUUGCUGAUCUUAUUGCUAGCAUCAAGAUAUCAAAAUUUCCCAUUAUCUGCAUUUGCAAUGACCGUUACAGCCAGAAAUUAAAAAGCCUAGUGAACUACUGUUUGCUUCUUAGUUACCGGAAGCCUACAAAGCAACAGAUGGCAAAGAAGUUUAUGGAGGUUGCAAAGGCUGAAAGGCUUCAAGUUAAUGAGAUUGCUCUUGAGGAAUUAGCAGAAAGGAUAUGA